AUGUCGGACCAAAAGGAUGUCAACAAGGAGGUUACCAGGCUGUGGCGAGCCUGGCGGACGGCCCACGAGAUGGCUGCGGAUCGUGGUUAUGAACUUGCUGAGGAUGAACUCAAAAUCUCGCUCGACCGCUUCAAGAUGGAAUACACCGCCGCCGAUGGUAGCGUAAACCGUGGGAAGCUCCAGUUCUCCGCGAACCCCUCCGCCGACAUGAUUCGCAAAUAUACCCCCCCUCCGACAUCCCAAAACCCGAACCCGACACCCGACUGCGGCACCCUCUGGGUCGAAUUUCUCGCCGACACGACUUUUGGCAUCAAGGAGAUCAAGAAGUUCAUCCACCACCUCAUCAGCAACAAGUACUCGUCCGGCAUCAUGGUCACCCACGUGCCCCUCUCCCCCGCCGCCCGCAAGAUGCUCAUCACCAUCGAGUCCUUCGCCAAGGUCGAGUGCUUCCUCGAGGAGGACCUUCUCGUCAACAUCACCCAGCACGAGCUCGUGCCGAAGCAUAUCCUGCUCAGCCGCGAGGAGAAGGUCGCCCUGCUCAAGCGCUACCGUCUCAAGGAGACCCAGUUGCCGCGUAUCCUGCAAAAAGACCCCGUCGCCAAGUACCUCGGUCUUAAGCGCGGGCAGGUUGUCAAGAUUAUCCGAACCUCUGAGACGGCUGGCCGCUACGCCAGUUACAGAUUGUGCGUAUAA